AUGUCUCAGCGGUCUAUUUUAAGUUUCUUUGGCGGUGGGGACGAACUAAAGAGGAAGGCAGAGGGAAAUUCCGAAAGUUGUAUAUCGGCUAAGAAUAAGAAGUAUGACGAAUGUAAACGAAAACGAACAUUCAUCGAUGGGUGGAAAGACCAGUUUCCUUGGGUUGCGUAUAAUGACACAGCGAAGGUCAUGAAGUGCACCAUUUGUUCCAAGUACCCAAACAUACACGCUUGCAAUCGUAAGAGAACUUUUAUUGAUGGAUGUUCAAAUUUCAGAAUUGAGUAUUUGAAAAGUCACGAUACAUCAGAUGCACAUUUGGAGUGUAUGUCAUAUGAGAGAGACGCUCAACGUCGAAGUACAGCAAGUGGCAGCUGCGAUGUGACCACGCCCUUGUCUGGGCCCACAUGUAGCACUGACAAUGUGAGUCCUAUUGUGAAAGCCUUACAAAACAGUGACAAACAGACAAUGCAGAAGUUGGAAAAAUUAUUCAUUACUGCAUUCCAUGUUGCUUACCGGGGAAAACCGCUCAGUGAUUUUGAGUUUAAUUUGGACCUACUUGACUGUGUUGGUGUUGACAUUGGGAGCAAGUAUAGGAACAUUGCAGGUGCACGCGAGUUUAUCAAAGCCAUUGCAUGUUCUCUCCAGAAGGAAUUUAUUCCCGAACUGAAGAAAGCGAGAUUUGUGACAAUUUUAAGUGAUGGAAGCACAGACAGUGCCAUCUUGGAACAAGAAACUGUCUUUAUGAGAUAUGUAAGCCAUGGUCAACCAGUAUCCUUCCAUGCAGGAACAGUACCUCUCGAACAUUGUCAUGCUGAUGAGGUGCUUGAUGGAAUAAGAAAAGCUGUUGAAUCAGUUGACAUUUGUUUUGAUGAUCUGUUGAGUACUACAGAAGCAAGUGGUCCUAGUUUAGUAUCCGUGAAUUUUGAUGGUGCUGCAGUCAUGCUUGGCAGCAAAGGUGGUGUAGCAGCAAAAAUAUGCAAACAAGCAAAACAUGUUGUACCAGUGCAUUGCGUAGCACAUAAGCUUGAACUGGCCGUAUUGGAUGCUGUCAAACAUCUUCCUAGUCUGUCAAAUUUUGAAGAUGUCUUGAAACAAGUUUUCAAGUUCUACCAUUAUAGUCCAAAAAUGAGAAGGGAACUCAAGACCGUGUCUGACAUAUUCAAUACUGAUCUUGCCAAUCUGUCUGAUGUGAAACAGGUGAGAUGGCUUGCGAGCAAAAUCCGAGCUGUUAGAGCACUGAAGAUAAGCUUCCACUCAAUACUCAAUCACUUUGAAAGUGUGGCCGCAGGUAGAUCAGAUCAAAGUGCCAAGUGUCAGGGAUGGCUGAGGAAAAUGAAGACAGUUUCAUUUGUGAAAACUAUGUGCAUCCUUCUUGAUAUCCUUCCUAUCCUCACAGAGGUAUCUCUUGUCUUCCAGAAGGAAGACCUUCUCAUUAUUGAAGUCCCUUCAGCAAUUGAAGGUCUUGUCAUGAAGCUCCUAAACUGUAAAAUUGAUCCUGUUGGAGCAGGGGAGAGUAUGGAAUACUUUUCAAAAAUGUACAAUCAUGAGAAAUCCUCUUUUGAUGGUGUGAAGCUAAAUGGUGUGUGCCCCCCCGUCAUCUUUAAAGAUGAUACAUUCCUCAUAUCACUUGUUGAUGGCAUCAUCACCUACUUAGAUAAGAGAUUUUCAUGCUUCAAACAGAAGCCUCUCAAGCAUUUCUCUGUGUUUGACUUCACAGAAUGGCCCACUCAAAGAGAGCCCCUGUCUGUGUAUGGUAGCACUGACCUGUCUGAGCUGAUGGAACAUUUCUCUUUCUUACAUAUCUGUAAACUUGUUGAACUCAUGCUUGUGGUUAGUCCAGGAACGUCUAUUUGUGAGAGAAUGUUUUCAAGCAUGAACCUAGUUAAAACUCACCACAGAACAGCUCUACACCAAAAGACACUUUGUCAUACACUGACAAUUAUGACACAUGGUUCAAAGAAACUUGCAGAUUUUGAUCCAAGACCUGCCAUUAUGGAAUGGCUUCACAACACACCAGGAUCAAGGCAUAUCUUGUCUUUAGCGAAAGAGGCUAAACCUGAGCCUGUACCAAUGCUUGGUCCAUGCAGCAGCAAAUGUGUUGAUUAG